AUGGGAGGGCUCGCGCCAACAUGGAUGAGCUUCGUUGCUGUAUCAUGGUUAUGUUUGGCUUUCGCCCAUGGCCAAUCCACACUUUUCCGCCAGUCGUACUGUUCCAGUCAAAAUACAGGCUCUGACUAUCCUGUCGACAUCAAUAUGUAUCAGUCUAAUGGUGCUUGCCACGACAGGUGCAACUCUGAAGGCUAUGCGCUUGCCAUCGUACAGUACACAAGUUGCUGGUGCUCGAAUCUCAUCCCCGGCACUGAGACCAGUGUGGACAAUUGCAAUGUGGAUUGUCCUGGCUAUCCCGACGAGAAAUGCGGUGACCAGGGCAGAGGUCUCUAUGGAUACGUAACACUGGAUCGAAGACCGUCUGGGACAGCUGAUGCCUCCUCACCCUCCUCUACACCGAGUCAGGUGGCUGCACCAAGUUCUACAUCUACGAAAGAAACUGUGACUGACGAGCAUACUAUCGUUCAGACGGUAGAGCCCGACACAUCUGUGGUCACCUCCAUUGUAUCCCUCACGCCUAGACCUGCCUCGCCUUCAUCCUCGUCACAGAAUUCAGAGCCUCAGACUUUUGUCAGCACAAAGAUAGUAUCAGGCACCCCAGUAACCGAGUUCGUCACGACGUAUCCGACCAAUUCUCCUGGCAGUUCCCAACAAAAUAACGACAAUGACGACAGCGGCGUGUCUGGGGGUACAAUAGCCGGUGCAGUUGUUGGAGGCGUCGGAGGCCUCGCUGCACUUGCCGGCUUGGUAUUCUUCCUAAUACGACGACGUCGUCAGAAUUCAGAUGACUACAACGGUGAUGACAAAAGCUCGGGACCCCGGCGACAUGUCAGCACUAUGAGCAAGACGGGCUUGCUUCGUUCCCGCUCAGUUAAAGAGCCUCCUGCUAUCGCCGUACCACCAAUCGUAUACCGACAAGGGAGCUCUCAUGGGCAAGAGUCCACCCAUUCUGACCAUGCCAGUACAGGCUUGGAACGAGAGAGGAGGAACAGUCGACCAAUGUUCUACGAUCAGAGACUGAAUCCGUCAGCACUUCUCGGCCUUGAAAAUAGCAGUCGUACCAGCCUAGGGACCAUUGAAGAUAAUCGUGACUAUACCAGGACACUGAAUGUCCGCAACCCCGAUCCCGAGUGA